GAACCAACAACUCCUUAUUUGAUGAAUUCCGUGUCUGAUGCUUUCACAAUCACUAUUGUUUUAGUCACUUGAGUCACUUGGACCGGUAUAGCAUGAUAAUCAUUUAAUUUUUAUUGUUCCUUAAUUGAUUCUAAACAUUUUAUCGUUUACAAAAUGGAGUCCGAGUCGAUUAAAUCAUCUACCAGAAGUAACGUGUUUAUAGCAGUAGACAAUCUAAGAGUAUGGACGCCUGAAAAAAAGUCUUGGUGGAGAAAAGAGCCAAUUAAAAACGAAGUUGUUAUUCUCAACAAUGUUUCAGUCAGAAUAAAAUCUGGAGAAUUUGUCGCUGUCAUAGGACCCAGUGGUGCGGGUAAAACUACAUUCUUGGUAUCAUUGGCUGGUAAAUGUAACCUGCCCAACACUGGUACCGUCACCGUAUGCGGCAGCAAUGUCAAAGAUUUGUCACAAGGCGUGGUUGAAGUACUACCACAGUUUGAUGUCUUCAUGGAUAGUCUGAGUGUUAAAGAGCAUUUGAUAUUUAUGAUAGAAAUGAAAUUAGGAAGUACAAAGAAAUUUAAAAAUAAAAACGUUCUCAAAACGUUACUGCAUGAGCUUAAUUUGGAGCCUUUGGAGAAUUCCUCUGUCAGCUCGCUGUCUGGAGGAGAACGAAGGUUACUGUCUUUGGGUACCUCGUUAAUCUCCAGCCCGCAAAUUCUCAUCUGUGAUGAACCAACAACGGGUCUCGACAGUUACAACGCCUCCCUUGUCAUAGGAGUUCUUAAGAAGUUAUCGCUUUAUGGCAAAACUGUCAUAUGCUCCGUACACCAACCGUCCUCAGAUUUGUUCAGAGAAUUCAACUCUGUUGCUUUAAUGUCUGAAGGAAAAAUGCUGUUCCAUGGGACAAGGAAUGAAAUCAAAUCUUUAUUUGAAAGACUAAAUCUUAAAUGUCCUGUCAAUUAUAAUCCGUCAGAAUUUUACAUAAAAGUUGUCUGUACGGACUCGUUCAAAAAUAUCUCAGAACUAAUGUUGGAUAGGACCGAGAAUGAUGCAUACUAUGAAGGCAACGGUACUACACCUAUGAUAUCAGCACAUGUCGAAAUAUGUCAAAGGAAUUGGUUCGUCCAAGUCUACCUGUUGUUAUGGAGGUCAUCACUGACUUUGAAGAAAGGUAUCAAAGAAUACAUCGUCCAAAUCCUAAUAACUACGGUAAUAUCUUCGAUGAUAUUGGGGACGUGUUACAUUGGCAUAUCUGGGACGACUCAGCAAGGAGUCCAGGACCUUAGAGGUUUCCUAUGGCUGGUUUGUUCGGAAGUAUCCUUUAGUGUUUCAUACUGUGCUCUGUACGCCUUCCAAAAUGAUCUCACUCUGAUCAAGAGAGAGGCCGGGAUUUAUAAGGUUUCUGCUUUCUACGUCAGCAGAUUACUGAGUACGUUGCCUCGAUGCAUCAUCUGGCCAGUCCUGUAUGUGGUGCUGGCGACGCUGGCAGUGGAACUGCCAAAUCAUUUUCUGACAGCGACGAAAUUUGUACUUGUACUUAUUGUGACUGCAGUUGCUUCGUCAGCUUAUGGUUUGAGUAUGGGCGCCCUUUUUACGUCCUCGGGUAUGAUGGCGGACGUGAUGCCAUGUGUAGAUCUGCCCUUAUUUCUCAUGUCUGGCGCUUUCCUUAGAAUAUCUUCACUACCUCAUUGGCUGUAUCCACUUAAAUAUAUCUCCCAUUUCUACUACGGUAUGGACGCCCUAAGCAAUAUUUAUUGGAGGCAGAUUGAUACGAUAGAAUGUCCUCUGAAUUCGACAACAACUUGUUUAAGAAGUGGUGCUGCUGUUUUAAUGGAAAAUGGAUAUUCAAGUGAUUUCGUCUUGCAAGACACUUUAGGUAUUGUUUUUAUAACUCUAUUGUGGAGUCUGUUGGGGCUGUUUGGUUUGAAACGAGAAGAAAAUAAAGGUUAUGCUUAUUAAUUUCGUACAUACCAAUUAUAGGAAAUUAUAUUUUCAUUUAUAUGAAUUUUGAUAAACUAUUUGAGCUUUGAACUUUGAACUGUCUAUGGCACGUAACAAAAACCGUCGUUGCAUUUAUUUAGUAUUUGUAUUAAUAGAUAAACGCCAGCAGACAAAAAAUAUUCACAUCGUUACGAAACAGGUUUGAAGCGACGAAUUUCAGAUUUAAAAUUUUUUGAUGCGGGAUUAGGAUCCGGCAUUUCACAUGCCGGCACAGAUUGGUUCAAACAAAGAGAUAACCCGAGAGCAUGUAACUACUAAUUUGGAUAAGGAUUUAAAACUACGACGAACAAAAAAAGAGGCUCUUAUUAUAUAUCUGAUAUAAUAAUUAUAUAAUGUAUUACAGUUUUUAAA